GCGCGCGCAAAAAUAGCCCGUGGCCGGAUUAGCACGUCCUAGCGGCCUGACCGGGCCGGACAGCUUGGCUCCAGCCCCCGCCCAACAGCUGAGGGUCCUGGGAGCGGGAGGGCUCGGUCGGAGUCGGGGGUUGUCCCCAGGCUCCUCGGAGUUGUCCCCUCCCCCCUUACGUUUUCCUUCUCUGCCUCCACCGGCGGGUGGUGUCUCCAAGUCGAAACUCCGGCUCAGAGGGUGGGACUUUUCGGGAUCGCCCCUGUCCCAGCCGUCCUCACUGGGGAUGGGAAUAGUAUCAGCAGGAACAGCAGGAGCUGUGGAGCUGACAGUGGGGGCCGGAUCCCCCUUCCGCUUCCGAGCCCCAUCUGCCUCAUCUCUAGACGGUGGAAGUGCAGUGAGCCGGGAGCUACUCCCGAAGACGCCCUACCGUGCUCAGUGGUCAAGGGGAGGGGCCGGGGCUGAGCCUGAGGCCGCUAGAGGUGCUUUGGAGCAGGCCUCUUGGCUGGGAGGUGGCAGGUCCCCGGGUGCUUAGGGUGCAGGGGGCGGACCCCGCCGUCUGCCCUGCUGGGGGCCCUUCUCUGGGGCUGUGUGGGGAAUGCGCAGGGGGUGCCCCAGCUGUGCCUGCCCAAGGCCCAGAUGGUCCUGACCGAGUUCCUUCUUGUAUGUGUGCAGCUUGGGGUUGUGUUUGUGUGUGUCUGUCUGGGUGGGCGGGGCCUGGGUCUGGAGGCCCUAGCCCUCUGCCCGGGAAGGCCCCCGCCUUGGGACUUCCUGGCAGAGAAGAUUCAAGGAUGAAACUGGCUUUUCAGGUUUGGCCCAGCUAGAUGCUGGGUUCUCCCCACCCUGAUGGAGCCGGCCCCAGCCCCCUAGCCCCCACCCGGAGGUGGGAGGAAGCCGGGGAUCAGGACGGCUGGCUGGGGCCCCAGAGGUCCUGAGGCUGAGACCCCUGCCACCAGGGGUUGUUCUGGGCAAGCUGAGUCCUUUUCCCUGACAACAGGGCAGGGCUGGCAGUGGGGCACAGGAGUCGAGUGGGCUCCGAUGGGAGGUGCCAGGCCCCAGGCCCUUUCCCAACCCCUCCAAAGCAGCCUCGAUUGGCCAACUGGCCUCCCAUCACACAGACAGGCUGACAAGGGCAGCAGAGCUGGAGCAUUGCUAUGACCAACAUCCCUCGUCCCGCCCAGCGUGCGUUCCAGAUGGAUCCCCGCCCUGGGAGCUCGUGUUCUUGCCGUACCUUUGGUUCAGAGGGAAUCCCCUGGGUCUCCUGCCUUUCGGGGCCCUCCCUCAGUUCCACCUGUUGCUCGGGGCACCCCCAUUGCUCCUCUCCUGGCAUGUGAGGGGCUCCCCCACACCAGCUCCGGUUCCCCCACCUCGGUGUCUGUGACGGGAUCGAUUUUCUGUGCAUGGAUCAGAUUCCUUCGCUUCUGCCUCUUCUCUGGUGGCGUGUGUUGGAGGGCGACGCCCUCUUCUCUGACCUGAAAUGCUCCGGUGGAGUGGGUGGAAUAGGGUCCCAGAGGGGCCUGACAGCCCUCACAGCCUGAGGAACCCUAUGGUCUGCCCCCUGCCUGGGCCACCCUGGCGGCUCCUGGGCAGGCGCAGACCAAAGCUUUGAACCCCUUGGAGGCUCAGCGACCUCAGGUGGUGACUGGCCUCUCGGAGCCUCAGUUUCCUUAUCUGCAAGGUGGACACAGAGGACCGCUCCCUCCCAGGGGUUGGGAUAGGUCAGUGGGAUCAGUCAGGGUCAGGUGACUGAAGGCAUUUCUGCUCUGAUAACGGACUUCGGGGACUUGGUUUCCCCUCCACGGCCUCUCUGAUACCGUCCGGUGGCUGGUGAGUUCUGGGAAGUUCGCUAGGCCUGAGGGUGUCUGGGCACCAGGGAGCACGGGUGUGGGGUCAGUCAGGGGCACUUCUGGGGGCUCUGACUGGUGAUCAGGCUGGGCAUCUGCCUCUGGCCAGGUGUGCUAAUGGGGUGUGGGCCUGUGCCCUCUGCAUCUUGAGGGGCUGCUUCCAUCCAGCAUCUGCUGUAGCUCAGUCUGGGCCCUACCCCCUUCAUUGUGUGGCGUGGACAGGCCCUCCGACCUCUCUGAGCUUUGGGGCUCCCCGACCCUCGGUGUGUCCGCCCCUGUGAGCCCCAGUGAGGUCAGGGGCUUGGAUUCUGGUACCCGGACUGUGGGUCGUCUGCGCCCUCUGAGCCUUUGGGCAGUGCCCCUCCCCAGGGCUGGCGUUCCCUUCGUGUCCGGGGUACCACUCUCCAGGUCAGGGCCCAGCUGCGGUUGUCAGGGCUUCUCACAGGGCCUCCCGCAGGAGGAAGCCCCCUGUUCUGGUCUUGGCCCUGUGCAUGCUCGUUUGGGGUGGUGGCAGGUGUUGGGUGACGUGAGGAGGCAGGGAUCUGAUGUGUCCUCCUGGGCACUGGCAGAGGGCACCGUAUGGACCCUCAACCGGGUCUCAGGCCUGCCCUGCUCCCCUGCGAACCUCAUUUCUUCCACAGAAAAGUGGAGGGGUCGCUGGGAGGGUUUUAGAGGUUGAGGGCUUGGCUAGUAUCAUUCCCGACAUGAUGCCAUUUACAGAUGAGGCAAAGAGGCACAGAGAGGCCUGGUGCCUUUCACUUUGCCGCAUAAUAGCACAUGGUGGAGAAGGCCUGGAUUCUAGGCUGUCAGCUGCUGAUCUCCCCUCCCAGGGAGACCUGGGGUUGUGCAUGAGACUAAAGACUGAGGGUUAGAGAUCAUGGCUGUGGGGAGGCUGGAGGAGUCAGCUCUCCUGGGACCGUGCUCAGGUGAGCUGGGGACAUGUCUGGGCACAUGUCCACGGGUGGGGCCCAGUGCUCCUGCUGACCUUGGCAGUCGGCCGUCCCCUGGGCAGGGCAGGGCCUGGACUUGGAGGGUCUGGUCCUGAGGCCGGGCCAUCCACUUGGCCUCCAGCCCCCCUGCCAGUGUUGUCCUGUGUGUGUGGGGCAGUGGUGAAUGCUGCUCACGCCUGAGGAUCCAGCCACUGGCCCCGGCCACUGUCCAGGUGGGCCAGACCUUCUCCCCAGUCUUCUCCUGCCUCUUGGCCACACCGUCCCACCCUGGGCCUCUCUGAAGGGUCCCCUCCCUGGCCCCCGUGGCCUGUGCUCUGGUGGUACACGUGCUGGGCCCUCUGACCCAGGUCCCCGGCCCUUUCUGUGGCCACCCUCCUCAGCGAGCCCCACAGGAGGUCGCAUCACUAGCCUUUCUGGGUUAGAUUCAGCUCCUGCUUCUUGAACACCUGCUUGUGCCAGGCAGCUGUGGCCCCUGACUUUCAGAUGGGGACACUGAGGCUUGCCUGGGGCUGCAGGGGGUGGAGGUGAGCGGGGUCUGUGCACUGCAUCUUGGGCCAGGCUCUCUUCCCUCCCUGGCCUCUCUGCACUGGCCCCUGCUUCCUGGUCCCUCCUGCACCAUGCACAGUGUCCACUCGCGCUCAGGGUCUCCAGUCGUCCACAGAACAGGAACCUGAGUCAGUGGGACACUCCCCUGCUCCUCAUCCAGCCCUCUGCCCCCAGGCUGCGGCCACUCCCGUGCUUCUUGCUGCCACUUCACACAGCCCUAGUGGUCCUGUGACCCUUCAGGGCCCUUGUCCUCGGCCUCAUCGUGAGUUUGCCCCGCGCUUGUCCUGAGCUGCUCGGAGCACCCGGGGGGCAGCGAGGGUGCAGUGCUAUUUCAUGCCUCCGCUGGGCUCACCUGCAAUGUUUGCUUCGCUGGCACGUCCCACUUCACUGCUAGAUGCCCCUUUGGGUGUCUCCUGAUGGGGCCGGGCCCCGGGUGGGCAGUUGUGAAUGUUGCCAGUGACUCAGAUGCUCUGUGACCCGGGCGGUCCGACCCUCCCUGGCCUGCGGUUUCUCCCUGCACUGAGGGCUCAGCAGAGCGGACAUGCUGUUGGGACUCCCCCCGAGGAGCUCUCUGGGAACAAGAGCCCACUGUGCGCCUGGGGGAGGCCUGGACACUGAGCCACUGUCUCCUCUGGGCGGACACUGUGCCCCUCCCUGGCCCAGACUCUUUGUCUGGCCUGGGCCUGCCCCUCCCCCAAACCCUCGAGGCCCACUGUGGAGCCCCCACUUUGUGAAUCCCACCCACUUGAGGCCCAGAUGGGGAACUGGAUACACAGGGGCAGGGCAGGCCGGGGCCCACAGCACUAGGGCAGGCUGGGCCUCCUGGCGGCGUGUGGGCCACAGGGCACCCUCCUGCCUCUGCCCCAGACACACGAAGGAUUGGCUGGAGGUGAAGGACACCAGGAGAUCUGGGUGUGCAGGCAGGGAGCUGGGCCUCCCUCCUGAGCUGUGCGGCUCUUGUGUUCUUGGGGUGAACUAUGGGCCCAGGCUGGCAGGGCCAGGGGGUGUCCAGCUCGCUGUGCACUUUCACCACUUUCUUCCCACCUCUUUGCUGUGCUGUUCCUGCCCUGACCCAGUCAUACGGUCAGCUCCUCCUCCCAGACCCAAAUGACGGGUGAUCGUCAGGGAUCCUGCAUCACCCAAGACCUUGGGGAUAAGCCCCUGCUAGCCUGUGCUCCAAACUGACCAGUGUUUACCAAUCAGUGGCUCCGGGGCAGACCUGUCCUGGGCACUGCAGACUUGGCAGCGACAGGAUAGGACAGCACACACGUGGGUGAACUCCUGGGCUGUGCCAGGAGAAUCCCGGUCCCGGAGCACCUGUCAGGGGUGGGGCAGCGCGACUGAGGCUGCGGGUCCUUGAACAUGUGGGAGGUUGGGCAGAAUGCACAUGCAGGGGCCGGGCAUGGUUAGAGCCAGGUGUGAGGAGAGGCCGUGGUGGGUGGUGGGAGCCAUGGAGCGUCGUGGAUGUGUGUGGUGGUGUGAGCCAGUCAGCUGGCAAAGGUUCCCAGCUGGUGUCACCCAGAGGUACUGGGCACGCAUGGGGAGCUCCUAGAGAUGCUGACCCCCGGCCCCUAGGCUGCGGAUUCCCAGUGAUGACCCCAGGUGCCACUCUUGGCCCUGUUCCUCUCCGGAUCUUGCAAUGGCUUCAUCAGAAGCACUGGCUCGUUUUCCAGGCCCGCCGUGCUCCACCUGGAACCAUGAGCGAGGCCCGCAGGGACAGCACGAGCAGCUUGCAGCGCAAGAAGCCACCCUGGCUGAAGCUGGACAUCCCAGCUGUGGUGCCCCCGGCAGUGGAGGAGCCCAGCUUCCUGCAGCCCCUGCGACGCCAGGCUUUCUUGCGGAGCGUGAGUAUGCCAGCUGAGACGGCCCACGUCCCCUCGCCCCAUCACGAGCCCCGGCGGCCGGUGCUGCAGCGCCAGACGUCCAUCACGCAGACCAUCCGCAGGGGCACAGCUGACUGGUUCGGAGUGAGCAAGGACAGUGAUAGCACCCAGAAGUGGCAGCGCAAGAGCAUCCGUCACUGCAGCCAGCGCUAUGGGAAGCUGAAGCCCCAGGUCAUCCGGGAGCUGGACCUGCCUAGCCAGGACAACGUGUCGCUGACCAGCACCGAGACGCCCCCUCCACUGUACGUGGGGCCAUGCCAGCUGGGCAUGCAGAAGAUCAUAGACCCCCUGGCCCGGGGCCGGGCGUUCCGGGUGGCGGAUGACACCGCCGACGGCCUGAGUACCCCGCACACGCCCGUCACGCCGGGUGCUGCCUCCCUCUGCUCCUUCUCCAGCUCCCGCUCUGGUUUCAGCCGGCUCCCGCGGCGACGCAAGCGCGAGUCGGUGGCCAAGAUGAGCUUCCGGGCGGCCGCGGCGCUGGUGAAGGGCCGCUCCGUUAGAGACGGUACAUUGCGCCGGGCGCAGCGCCGAAGCUUCACCCCCGCCAGCUUCCUGGAGGAGGACACGGCGGACUUCCCCGAGGAGCUGGACACGUCCUUCUUCGCCCGGGAAGGUGUCCUCCACGAGGAGCUGUCCACCUACCCAGAUGAGGUGUUCGAGUCCCCAUCGGAGGCGGCGCUCAAGGACUGGGAGAAGGCCCCGGAGCAGGGGGACCUCACGGGCGGGGCCCUGGACCGCAGUGAGCUGGAGCGCAGUCACCUGAUGCUGCCCCUGGAACGCGGCUGGCGGAAGCAGAAGGAGGGUGGCCCGACCGCCCCGCAGCCCAAGGUGCGGCUGCGGCAGGAGGUGGUGAGCGCGGCGGGACAGCGGCGGGGCCAGCGCAUCGCGAUGCCGGUGCGCAAGUUCUUUGCCAGGGAGAAGCGGCCGUAUGGGCUGGGCAUGGUGGGGCGGCUAACCAACCGCACCUACCGCAAGCGCAUCGACAGCUAUGUCAAACGCCAGAUCGAGGACAUGGACGACCACAGGCCCUUCUUCACCUACUGGCUCACCUUCGUGCACUCGCUCGUCACCAUUCUGGCCGUGUGCAUCUAUGGCAUCGCACCCGUGGGCUUCUCGCAGCAUGAGACGGUGGACUCGGUGCUGCGGAACCGCGGGGUGUAUGAGAAUGUCAAGUAUGUGCAGCAGGAGAACUUCUGGAUCGGGCCCAGCUCGGAGGCUCUCAUUCACCUGGGUGCCAAGUUCUCGCCCUGCAUGCGCCAGGACCCGCAGGUGCAUAGUUUCAUCCGGGCUGCGCGUGAGCGCGAGAAGCACUCGGCCUGCUGCGUGCGCAACGACCGGUCCGGCUGUGUGCAGACCUCGGAGGAGGAGUGCUCGUCCACACUGGCAGUGUGGGUGAAGUGGCCCCUCCAUCCCAGUGCCCCAGACCUUGCUGGCCACAAGAGACAGUUUGGCUCUGUCUGCCACCAGGACCCCAGGGUGUGUGAUGAGCCCUCCUCUGAGGACCCCCAUGAGUGGCCAGAUGACAUCACCAAGUGGCCAAUCUGCACCAAAAACAGUGCUGGGAACCACACCAACCACCCACACAUGGACUGUGUCAUCACAGGCCGGCCCUGCUGCAUUGGCACCAAGGGCAGAUGCGAGAUCACCUCCCGGGAGUACUGUGACUUCAUGAGGGGCUACUUCCACGAGGAGGCCACACUCUGCUCUCAGGUGCACUGCAUGGAUGACGUGUGUGGGCUCCUGCCCUUCCUCAACCCCGAGGUGCCCGACCAGUUCUACCGCCUGUGGCUGUCCCUCUUCUUGCACGCUGGGAUCCUGCACUGCCUGGUGUCCGUCUGCUUCCAGAUGACUGUCCUGCGGGAUCUGGAGAAGCUGGCAGGCUGGCACCGCAUAGCCAUCAUCUACCUGCUGAGUGGCGUCACCGGUAACCUGGCCAGUGCCAUUUUCCUGCCGUACCGGGCAGAGGUGGGCCCAGCCGGCUCGCAGUUUGGCAUCCUCGCCUGCCUCUUCGUGGAGCUCUUCCAGAGCUGGCAGAUCCUGGCGCGGCCCUGGCGUGCCUUCUUCAAGCUCUUGGCCGUGGUGCUCUUCCUCUUCACCUUUGGGCUGCUGCCCUGGAUCGACAACUUCGCCCAUAUCUCAGGCUUCAUCAGCGGCCUCUUCCUCUCCUUUGCCUUCCUGCCCUACAUCAGCUUCGGCAAGUUCGACCUGUACCGCAAGCGCUGCCAGAUCAUCGUCUUUCAGGCGGUCUUCCUGGGCCUCCUGGCUGGCCUGGUGGUCCUCUUCUACUUCUACCCUGUGCGCUGCGAGUGGUGCGAGUUCCUCACCUGCAUCCCUUUCACCGACAAGUUCUGUGAGAAGUACGAGCUGGACGCUCAGCUCCACUGAGCUGGCCGGGGCACUGGGGGCUGCAUGCUCCCGCAGGCCGGAGCCAGGCAGACUGUCCACCCCGAGCCUCACAGGCCACGGGACUCCACCGACAAGCCGUGUGGGGUCCCGUUUCCUGAACACAGACCUCUUGUGCCUUGUUCACUGCUGUUGAACCGCUCGUCCUUCCGGGCAUUUAUUACACUACUUCCCGUGAUUACCUGCUAACCAGUCUCUUGACGACCACCCCAUGUGGCCAAUAAAUGGACCGGGAGCGUUUUAGCUGCCACUAACUGGA